AUGUCUUCCACGAAGCCACCAUCCCCGGCUCAUCAGCCCUCGACCUCAUCAGCCACCAGCAGCCAGCAACCGUCGCUGACCACCGAGCAGUUGGCCCUCGCCGAACGGAAUCGUCAACGCUCACUUCUGCAACAGCAGAAGAAGCAGACCAGCCUGACCACCAAUGAGGCCUACCAGCUGGAGAAGUACGAGGAGCUGAAGGUGGGUGCCAACCAGGACACAGGGGGCGGCUUCUUCACCGCCUCCUCCUCCUCCGACACCGACCCCUUUCAGCAGAUCAAAUCGGCGGCCUCGAAGAAGGCACUUCCACUGCUGGCGGACACGCGGGAGAACGAAUGUGAGGAGUGCUCCGACGGCUUCAGCAACUCCUUCCUCCUCUCCAACUUUGGCGAGAAGGUCUGCGACCAGUGCAAGGAGAUGAAGGGCCGCCACUCGCUGAUCACCCGGACCGAGGCGAAGACGGAGUACCUGCUGACGGACGUCGACCUGGACCGGCGGGAGCCGCCGCUUCGCUGUCUGCUGAAGAAGAACCCCCGCGAGUACGCCCGCAGCUACAUGAAGCUCUACCUCCGAUUGCAGGUGGAGGAACGGGCGCUGGAGGUGUGGGGCAGCGAGGAGCAGCUGGAGGAGGAGCGGGCGCGACGUGACGCCCAGCGGGAGGGUCGCAAGCGGAAGACCUUCGAGAAGGCGAUCAAGGACCUGCGCAUGCAGGCGCGCAGCUCCAUCUUCAACAAGCGCCUCACCGCCAGCCAUGAGCACACCUUCGGCGAGGAGGAGCCGGUGGACAGUCCCGAGGACGACCCCGAGGGCGAGUACUUCCGCCAGACGUGCACCAGCUGUGGCUUUGAGAAGACCUACGAGAAGAUGUGA